GAAGGUUAGCAGCCAGCGCCUCAGUAGAGACCUAUGGGCGCUGAAUGAGUGGGAAAGGGAAAUGCCGACCAAUUGCGCCGCGGCGGGCUGUGCCACUACCUACAACAAGCACAUUAACAUCAGCUUCCACAGGUUUCCUUUGGAUCCUAAAAGAAGAAAAGAAUGGGUUCGCCUGGUUAGGCGCAAAAAUUUUGUGCCAGGAAAACACACUUUUCUUUGUUCAAAGCACUUUGAAGCCUCCUGUUUUGACCUAACAGGACAAACUCGACGACUUAAAAUGGAUGCUGUUCCAACCAUUUUUGAUUUUUGUACCCAUAUAAAGUCUAUGAAACUCAAGUCAAGGAAUCUUUUGAAGAAAAACAACAGUUGUUCUCCAGCCGGACCAUCUAAUUUAAAAUCAAACAUUAGUAGUCAGCAAGUACUACUUGAACACAGUUAUGCCUUUAGGAAUCCUAUGGAGGCAAAAAAGAGGAUAAUCAAACUGGAAAAAGAAAUAGCGAGCUUAAGAAGAAAAAUGAAAACUUGCCUACAAAAGGAACGCAGAGCUACUCGAAGAUGGAUCAAAGCCACAUGUUUGGUAAAGAAUUUAGAAGCAAAUAAUGUAUUACCUAAAGGUACAUCAGAACACAUUUUACCAACUGCCUUAAGAAGUCUUCCUUUGGAAGAUUUUAAGCUCCUUGAACAAGAUCAACAAGAUAAAACACUGCCAAGUAUAAAUCUAAAACAGACCAAGAGUACCUUCAUUUAAGUUUAGCUUGCACAGAGCUUGAUGCCUAUCCUUCAUUCUCUUCAGAGGUAAAUUAUGGCACUUACGCCAAAAUACAUUAUUUAAUAAAGUUUUACUUGAAGUAACAUUACUAUGUAAUUUGUGAAGACGAUUACAAAAGAACAAAAAACUUUUUAUGAAAAUUUUAUUUGAAAAUGAAUGGAAGUGCCUUACAUUAGAAUUAUGUACUUAAAAAUUUUGCUAGGAAAGUGUUUGUUUGAAAGGUGUUUUUUGUUUUUGUCUUUUUAAACUACUGUUAAAGAACAGCUUAUGUUAAGUAAUAUGUUUAACUUAUAUUAGAAAAGAAUUUUUUUCCUGUACCAAAGUUGGCAUAUUGCAUUCUAAAUAAGAUGCUAAAUAGGAGUUAACUAACAUUUAACAUGACCUUAAAACUGCUGGGUUUUGUAUUAAUUAAAUUAUAAUUGGCACUGUGAUUUGAAAAAUUAAUAGAAAAGAAAAGGUACUGGCUCACGCCUGUAAUCCCAGCACUUUGGGAGGCCAAGGCGGGAGGAUCAUGAAGUCAAGAGAUCGAGACUAUCCUGGCCAACGUGGUGAAACCCCGUCUCUACUAAAAAUACAAAAAAAUUAGCUGGGCGUCGUGGCACACACCUGUAGUCCCAACUACUCGGGAGGCUGAGGCAGGAAAAUUGCUUGAACCCAGAAGGUGGAGGUUGCAGUGAGCCGAGGUCGAGCCACUGCACUCCAGGCACCUGGUGACGGAGUGAGACUCUAUCUCAAAAAAAAAGAAAGAAAAGAAAAGAUACAGGGCAAGUUUUUAAAUGUAAACUUUCUGUAUAUUUUUUAACCAGUAAAAGUGAGAUUAUGAUGGCCUCUCUCAUAAGAAUAUUCUAUUUUAAAAUAGGUUGUAAAAUAUUUUGAAAAUAUUUGAAUGUGAGGUACCAUUGAGUCAUCCAAACUAGGUAAUGCCUCAAGUACUUCAAAUUAGUAAAAUCUGGUAGGUGAUUAUAUUCACCUAAGAAAACAUGUAAAAUAAUUUAGAGUUCAGAACAUAGCUUUUAUCUUAAACAAAUAGAUAAAUGUAUACUACUCUUUUUCUCAUAAUACAAAUCUUUCAUUUCCAUUCAAAAUUAGUGCUCCCAUAUUGGUUGAUAACCAAAACUCCUAUGCUUUUUUUUUCUUUUUAACUACUUUCCAAAUACAUACUAUACCUCAAAAAUAGCAAGCAUAUCAAGAUCGUGGGCUUUUUCUUUCCUCUUCAUAAACCCACAGUAAAAUUUAAUCACAGGAAACUACUUAUAUCUUCACAAUUUGUAUGAAUAACUUAAAAUGUUAUCACUUUAUCUUAGACAUCAGCUUGCUUUUUUUCUCCUUUUUUAGUGAGUGAAAUAGAGCAACCAGCAUGCCUGUGUUCCCAGCUACUUGGGAGGCUAAGGUGGGAAGAUCACUUGAGCCUAGAGGUUGGGGAUGUAGUGAGCUGUGAUUGCACCACUGUACUCCAAUGUGGGCGAUGGAGUGAGACCCCUGUCUCUGAAACAACAACAACAACAACAAAAAAAAACAAAUAGAGCAACCAUAGUACAUAAGGGAAAUUAAAUGUUCCCUAUAGAAAUAUGUGUAUGUCUGUGAUAGUGGCAUGCAAAUGCUAAUUAUUUUACAAAAUAAAAGUAUCAAAACUAUUCUUAUUAUUGCCACUCGAACGACUAAAGGGUUUGCUUUAUUUCGCUAAUGUUUAAAAGGAACCCCUUGCUUCAACGAGCUUUAUUGAAAUCAUGUAAAAAUUUGUUAAUAUAUAAUCAAGUUAUUUAACUCAACUUAUUUAAUUCAAGCUUGUGAUACUAACAUAUGAAGGUAGCAUAUACCAAGUCAUAAAUUGUUAUAAAUCUUCCCUGUAAAGUAAGAGCUACUUUAUGAUUUUUUUAAAAACACUUUUUUUUUUUGCCAGCAUUUACGAUUGCAUUUGCUUGGAUCCUAGCAACAAUUCUUUUACAGUAUUAGCACUCUUUUUACUAAGGAAUGCCUCCCAAUGGAAUGCAAAGGUAGGAAAAAGCCUCAUAUAAUUCCCCUGAUGUAUUUAAAACAGGUAUUUAUGAAAAUCUUUUCAUGGAUGUUAUAAAUCUUGCUAGUUAUUUUAUCUUAAGUAUUGGAUGUAUUUCCUUGGAAUUGUCAUUAUAUAUUUAUUUUUUUCUAGUAUGGUUUCAAAUAACUUUUCACCAGCAUACAAUUUACUGACCAUAUCUACUUUUUAACUCAAAAUAAGUUGGACAAAUAAUCUUCUGAAUAAAAAGUAUUUUUUCCAAAUAUAACCACUCUCAUGUGGUUCACCCUUCACCCCUGCUACAGAACACUUAUUUAUGUAGCCCAGUUCCCAUCUAUAAUAAUAUCUUGAAAUUUUGAUAAGAUUUUUUAAAUCAUAAAAAUAAAAUACUGUAAAAUACAACAACCUUUUGACAAGGUUACUUCAUCUUCAUUCAUUAUUACGUGACAGUAUUAAAUAAACUACUACUCAGUAAUUGUAAACUAUUCUGUUUUCUCUGUCGUUUUCAUGUUACUGUCUUGAUAACUUGCUCCAAACUCGUUCCAUCAAAUUGUUUUAUUACCAUACAUUUGUCUACCUUAAAACUAGCUUCAUUCACAGAGAAUAACCUAAAAGGAGUCUAUUAAAAUCCUGCUUUCAGUUUGAUAGAUUUUUUUUUAUCACUCUGACCAUAAAACUAACUGAAAUUAUAAUAGCUUUUUUUCCUCUGCUAGUCACAGCACAGAUCUGUUCAUUUGUUCUCUGCCUACUGGGCACCAACCUCUACAAAGAACCAGCCAAAGGCUGGGUACUUGAUAUAAAAAGGAAUAUGACAUAAUUUUCUGCCCUCAAGUUGCUCUAUCUCCUGAGAGAAAUAAGUAAUAUUUAUAAUAUAGUAUGUUAUAUGCCAUAAAAGAAAUAAAGUCCUUUGAUAAAUGCUGUUGAAUUGAAAUUCAAUAAAAACUGUAAACUGUAGAACUUUCUAUAAUCAAAUGCUUUUGUUUUGAAACAAAACAGAUUCUUCCUUAUGUUGACUUAGCAAAGGAGGUACAAGGACAUUAGCAUUUGACCUGAAUUAUGUUUUUUUAUUUAAUGGCUAUAAGACAACAUUUUUACUAUUUAAAAUGAACACUGAAUACAUUUGUUAUUAAUGGUAUCUUUGUUAAAAGUAAAACAUAGCUCUAAAUAAAAUACUAUAUCAAAACCCAGUACUGGAGUUCAUUUGAAAUUUGAAAUUUUUUGUAAAAUAACAAACCUAUUAACACAGAUUUUUUACAUAACUCAGAAUCUUAUAAAGCACUUCAGUACUUAUUUGUUCUCUUUUUCCUUAAAAACAUUCUGUGUAGUAGGUGAUAUUAUCUCUGAUUUGCACAUGAAGACAUCUUUGUUAAUGUAAUUUAUUUAUUCAUUCCGGCAUUUACUAUAUGCCAACUUGCACAAGGAAUAGAAAUGUCUGUGAUCUAGACAGUUCUAGAUUGAACAUAGGUCUCCUGCCUACAAAUCCUCUCUGCUGUUCAGAUUAUUCUUUAUUUAACAUAUGAACCAGGUUACUAAAAUAGGGCAAAUCAUGUGUCUUAAAACAUGAAAAUAGUAAAGUCUUUGAGGUCACUUGAUCUUUUCUAGGUAGGAUUUAUAAUGUUGUGUUUUAUCUCACUUCUCAAUGUUAGAAUACGGGUAGAUUUAAUUUUGCUAUAUAGGAAAUGGUUCAUCUUUGUACCAAAAUUUUGGAUUCUUCUGAUAUUUAGACAGUUGGAAACUUUCUAAAAUUAGGAUUUUGUAGUGUAUACUAAACAACUGCAUAUUCACAAAAAUGUAUUCUGAGUAUGGUGAUAUUAAACAUUUUUCCCCAAGGAAAUUACUGUCAUGCCUGUUAUUUCUAAAAAAUGUACAUAAAUAUUUCUGUGAAAGUUCUUUUAAAUUGACCCCCUAAAAGACUUCUGUGAAGUCCUUCUCCCUAAAUUGAAGCAAACUGUAAACCAAAUAAAGAUCAUGUAAAGCCUUGAA